AUGAAGAAAUCUAACCAAAAGCCUCGUUCAAGUUUAGUUAAUUCACGUAAAGCUAUUCGAAAAGAGAAAAGACAACUUAAAAAAACACACCGUAAGGAACACUAUUUGAAAAAAAAAUCGGAGCCAUCAUUUUCACCUGGCAAAUUUGUAAAGAGACCUGAUGACUCCUCAGCUUCAGAUGUUAAAGUUAAGAAAAAAGUACCAAAACCAAUGAUCCAUGAUAUCCUUGACAAAGAAAGAAAAAAGGAAAUUAAAGAAACUGAAAAACUUAAGUCACAAAUGGAGAAUCAAAGGAAAAAUAUGUUUUUAAAGGCGAACGAAGAUGAGGAAAAAGUUAUUAAGAAGUUAGAAAAACAACUUGGUUUAAAUAAAUCUAAGAAUAAAAAUAAUUAUUUUGCUGAUGAUGGAUUGGACUAUCUUUUAGAAAUAUGUGACAGGACAACAUCAGAGCAAAUUGUAGCUGCAGAAAAACAUUUAGCAGAUGUGGGGAAUGAUUCAGAUUUUGAAGAAGAUCUUGCUGUGGUGACUGGAAAGGAUUUAAAAAAAGAUACAAAGAAAAAAGAUUUAAAAGUAGAAUCAGAUCAUUCAGAAAGUGAUUAUAUGGAUAUUAAUGAGGAACUUGAACAUUCUGACAUAAACAUCAAAGAGAAAAGUAACACAGAUGAAGAAAGCCUAGAAACUAAUGAAAAUGAUGAAGAUAUGGAGUCUGAUGACCCUGAAGGUGAUUUAAGUAAUGACGAUGAUGAGGACACCGGUUUGAGUGAUGAAGAAAGUGAUAAUGAUACAGAUAGAGAAAAUACUGAAUUAGCGGAAAAGAAAUCAAACUCAGUGAAAUGCAAAGAAAGAGUUGUAUCUGAAGAAGAUAUUAGUAAAGUAUUUAGUGACGAUGAAGUUUCUCAUUUGUCUGGUGAUGGUUCAGAAAUGGAUAAUAAUAUUGAAGAGGUUGAUACUAACAGUAAAGAGAAACCAGAUGUUUGGGAAGAUAUUUAUGGACGGAAGAGAGAUAAAGAGGGAAACAUAAUAAAGGAAGAAAAAGGAGUUUACAUACCACCACAUCUUAGAAACAAAGAUUCAGGGUCAGAGAAGGACUUAGCGCAAUUGAAGAGGCAAGUUAAAAGUGUGUUAAACAAACUAGCUGGUACAAACCUACAUUGGGCGAGUACGUCCAUAGAGAAUCUUUACCUCAGCAACAGCCGGAACUCAGUUAACACAGCGCUUACGCAGCUCUGGUUAGACGUCACUGUCAGUGUUGCCCUCACACCGGACAGAAUGGUGGCAGAACAUGCAGCUUUGGUAUCAGUGUUGCAUGCUAAUGUUGGAUCGGAAAUUGGUGCGCAUUUCUUAGAGGAGUUAUCGAAGAAAUUUGAUUUUAUGAUGAUGGACCCGCAGCCUGUUGAAGACAAGAGAUUGGAUAAUUUAGUAUCCUGUUUGGCGCAUCUUUAUAGUUUUAAGAUAUACCACGCGAGUCUUCUCUACGAUAUUCUCGCACGUUUAGUAGAAGAUUUGAGUGAGAAGAACAUAGAUUGUGUUCUCACUGCACUUAGAUGUGUGGGCGGGGUUUUGAGGAAGGAGGAGCCUUUGGCUUUGAAGAACUUCAUACAAGACACGCAAGGGAAGGUGGCUCGGAUGAAUGAGAAGGCUAGUACUGGGUCAAGAAUAAAGUUUCUUUUGGAAGUGUUGCUAGCUGUGAAAAAUAAUAAUUUGACGAAGAUACCGAACUACGAUCCGUCAUACGUCGAGCAUUUGAAGAAAAUGUGCAGAGCGAUUGUUCGGAAGGGAAAUUACGCCUCGCCUCUUAAUAUACGGUUGGAGGAUUUAUUGAGAGCUCAUGAGCGUGGUAAGUGGUGGGUAGUGGGUUCGGCGUGGGAGGGAAAUCGUCCCAGAGAAGAAGUAAAGACAGUGACAAACUUCGAUCAGAAGUUAUUGAAACUUGCCCGGGAGCAACGGAUGAAUACCGAUGUUAGGAGGAGCAUAUUUUGUGUUAUAAUGUCAGCUCAGGAUUACAUGGACGCAUUUGAGAAACUCCAACAUUUAGGAUUGAAAGGACAGCAGGAAAGGGAAAUUGUUCACGUCCUUCUGGCUUGUUGUCUUCAAGAGAAAAAAUAUAACCCAUAUUAUGCGGUUUUGGGACAGAAAUUGUGCGAUACGGAUCGGAAAUAUCAGUUAUCAAUACAAUACUCAGUGUGGGAUAAAAUAAAGGAAUUGGAUUCGUUGUCGAAGCAGAGUAUGGGCAAUUUGGCGCAGUUUUUAAUUCAUCUCAUUAUGGAGAAGGGGUUGGCCCUUUCUGUCCUUAAGAUCAUCGAGUUCUCAGACCUAAACAAGCAAAUUGUGAAAUUUAUGCGUCAAAUACUUUUAGCCAUAAUAAUGAAUGCGGAUCUCCAAGCUUCAUUGGAAACCUUCCACAGAAUAGCAAAAUCGCCAAAGUUGCAUAUGUUCAGGGAAAGCUUACGUUUGUUUAUACAACAUUUUUUAAUUAAAAAUGCUGGGAAAAAGAGUGGGAUUUUAAGCGACGAUGAAAUGGCAACACUGAGGGAGAGGAGCGUUGAAGUUGAGAAAAUAUUGACGGCGUAUGAGAAUAAAUUGAGAUUGUAA